GCACUGAUAUGCAGCAAUGAUGGGCACUGAUCGGCGGCACUGAUGGGUGACACUGACGGCCAUCAAUGAUUCUGUUGCUAUCAGGGGCGGACUGACAACUCAUGGGGCCCCCGGGCAAUAGAGGAUCAUGGGGCCCCUGUGUCCUUGCCCAAACUCAAAAAAGCCUAUGAAAAAGGUACCAGGGGCAUCUCAUGGGGCCCCCCCUACUGACCCCCGGGCCCUUGGGCAGUGCCCGAGUUUCCAAAUGGUCAGUCCGCCCCUGGUUGCUAUGUAC